AACUUAUCAAAAUAAAAGGUGAACUAUACAAAAUUGAUAUGUGUGUGUGUUAUAUUUCUGAUAAGCUAUGACCAGUUUUCAAAUUCGAUUGAUUUCGGACCAAAAUCUGGUCCUCGUGAACGCCCCACAUCACGAGUCGGAGGUUUUUGUACCCCAGAUAUUCAACAAGGACAUUGUGCUGUGGAACAUCGUACGAGAUCGUCGGUCGAAUCCAAAAGUCGAAUUUUGUGAAGAGCCUGUCCAGGGUCAAGACAAUGGUCAGAUCGGCCAGCGCCCACAGAUCCAGACUCGGAUAACGACGGCGACGGCAGGUCUGGCCCCCUGGGCGGUGUCCAUCGAUGGCAGUCCAUUUAGAAGAGUUGCGGAGGAAGGUUCCCGGUGUCCACUGUUUUCACUCAAGCUCAUCUCAAAUGGCAGCGUAGUGCUCGUGGAAUGUAAUGUCCACGAAUCGGAGAUCUUUCUACCGCAGAUUUGCGGUCAGUACGUAGGCAUGAAACGCAUCACCGGCCGCGAACUUUUACUGCCAUCCAAACCGAAGAUCUCUGCUAUCCAACCAGCUAAGUCCAAUUGUUUACGCAUUCAACCGACUCGCUUCUGUUCAAAAACGACCAACUUGGAUAUUCAGGCAAAAAAACGAAGGAAGCGCAAAAGUCAAGAGCAAACCAAUCACUCUGGAGCUGGGGAUCAACGAACGUUGAAGUCUGCGAAACGAUAGCCCCUCGUCAAAUUCAUUUUAUGUGUAUGUCAGUCGAAAAUAAAUUCUAAAAUUUCCUGUACCAGACCAUACGAUCGUGAUAAAAUCCAA